GCUCGGUCGGGUCUGCAAGAGAGCUCGGACCCCGGAGACGGCGUUGGGCCGCCGAGCAAGGAUCGGCGGGGGGAGUGUGGCGGCCUGCGGGAGAGCGAGCCCCGGCGCCGCCGGGGGAUGCGGGCAGCCGGGAAGGUCGCGAGCGGGCCUGGGGAAGAGCCAAAACAGCUGGCCCCGAGGAGCGGGAGUAGGGGCUGCUGGAGGCCGGGCUGGAGCCGGGCCGGCCCGGCGGGGGCCCUGCGGCCCCAGGCCCCUUCCAGGCUGGCGCGACGGAGAUGUCCGGGACGAGGAAGCCGUCCUGGUCAGGGGAAAAGGAAAGGAGGUGACAGGGGCUGAGCCCCCCGCCCCGUCCCGAGGGAAGCCCAUGGCCAGGAUUAGUUUUUCCUAUCUCUGCCCGGCCUCCUGGUCUUUUACUGUGCCUACAGUGAGUCCAUUUGCACGUCAACGGGUAGCCUUUCUGGGAUUUUUCCUCAUAUCCUGUCUCCUUCUACUUAUGGUUGUAGUGGACUUUCGACACUGGGGCUCUACCUCACCUCAAGAUAGACAGUAUGAAAGGUAUUUAGCUCGAGUAGGAGAUCUGGAGGCUACAGAUACUGAAGACCUAACUCUGAAUUAUGGCCUUGUGGUAGACUGUGGCAGCAGUGGCUCCAGGAUUUUUGUUUAUUUCUGGCCACGUCAUAAUGGGAACCCACAUGAUUUGCUGGAUAUCAAACAGAUGAGAGAUCGCAACAGCCAACCAGUGGUUAAAAAAAUUAAACCAGGGAUUUCUGCAAUGGCAGAAACUCCAGAACAUGCUAGUGAUUACCUUCGCCCUCUGCUGAGUUUUGCUGCUGCUCAUGUGCCUGUGAAGAAACACAAAGAAACACCUCUCUAUAUCCUGUGCACAGCGGGCAUGAGACUUCUUCCAGAGAGCAAGCAGUUAGCAAUACUGGCUGAUCUAGUGAAAGAUUUACCCUUGGAGUUUGACUUCCUCUUUUCACACUCUCAAGCUGAAGUAAUCUCUGGAAAACAAGAAGGUGUUUAUGCAUGGAUUGGGAUCAACUUUGUUUUAGGAAGAUUUGACCAUGAAGAUGAUACAGAAGCCCUGGGUCCCCAAGAAUCAGUGGCUGGACGUAGGAGGACAGUAGGGAUACUAGAUAUGGGAGGAGCCUCUCUCCAAAUUGCUUAUGAGGUUCCCACCUCUCCUACUUUCCUUCCUCCAGAACAGGAAGAAGCUGCCAAAGUCCUGCUAGCCGAAUUCAACCUGGGCUGUGAUGUACAGCAUACAGAGCAUGUCUAUAGGGUCUAUGUCACCACCUUUCUGGGUUUUGGAGGUAACUUCGCCCGGCAACGCUAUGAAGAUAUGGUGCUAAAUGAAACCUUUACCAAAAAUAGGUUACUGGGCCAACAGACAGGUUUGACUCCAGAAACUCCCUUCCUGGAUCCUUGCUUGCCCGUGGGCCUCGAGGAUGUGGUAGAGAGGAGCGGCCAGGUCCUGCACAUCAGAGGAAGAGGAGAUUGGCUAAUGUGUGGGGAGAUGCUGCAGCCACUGCUGUCCCGGGCCAACGCCAGCCAGGCCUCUCUGAAUGGCAUCUACCAGUCCCCAAUUGACUUCAACAACAGCGAGUUCUAUGGCUUCUCAGAAUUCUUUUACUGUACAGAAGAUGUAUUGCGCAUUGGUGGUCGCUACCACGGGCCAACCUUUGCCAAGGCUGCUCAGGACUACUGCAGUAUGGCAUGGCCAGUGCUGACUCAGAGAUUCAAGAAUGGUCUCUUCUCAUCACAUGCCGACCAACACCGACUUAAAUAUCAGUGUUUUAAGUCAGCCUGGAUGUACCAAGUCCUCCAUGAAGGAUUCCACUUCCCGUAUGAUUACCCAAACCUGCAAACUGCCCAGUUGGUGUAUGACCGGGAGGUUCAGUGGACCCUAGGAGCCAUUUUGUAUAAAACACGUUUCCUACCACUCAGGGAUCUACGACAGGAAGGUGUCCGGCAGGUCCAUAGUAGUUGGUUGCGCCUCUCCUUUGUGUACAACCACUAUCUUUUCUUUGCCUGCAUCCUGGUGGUGCUCCUGGCUAUCGUUCUGUACCUUCUGCGGCUGCGCCGAAUUCACCGUCGACAAGCUAGAGUCUCUGCCCCCUUAGACCUGCUAUGGAUAGAAGACGUGGUGCCCAUAAUCGGGGUGCAGGUGGGACCAUGAUGCUGCUCCAGGACUGAAGCAUUUCAAGAACCAGAGAAGUGACACUCAGGCUGUCCUGGCCCCAUCUUGAACCUGUCUCAGAGGCUGCUUCAAUGAUCUGUGAGGCUGUUAUUGUGUUGUGUUCUCACAUCUUUCUUCUCAUGACCAACUAUCCAAGAGAAGCCAUAACCUGAUCUGUGAAGUUAUAUAGCUGAGACACUCUGGUCUAACACGAGGCACUCAGCCUUGCUCUGCCUAAUGCCCCUGGGGUGUGCUUCUACCCCUUAUCAGGGAGGGUUUGGUAUUGGACGAAGGAUAUUCUUGAGCUACACCCAGCUUUCACUUCCCUGGAUGAAGAAGGGAGUAUGGCAUUGGGCAAGAGGAUACUGCAACUGAGGCAUCUGAUACCAAGCCUAAUAGAUGUUAAGAAGCAUGGCAGUCUUUUCUUUCUCUGUAACAGAGAAGUCUCAUAUGUGGAGAUCCACAGCGUUUAAUAAUGAUCCAAGGAUCUUUUGUGACCAUGGACCAGCAGAACUUCGAGGCAACUAAAAUAACACCAAUGAAUUCUCUUUUUACCUGGCAGUGAAGCUCUCCUGGGGUAGCCUAAGGCUCUGGCCUAGGCUUGCUGCUAAGGUGACAUAGAUGGGCUGUGUCUGUUGUAAGGGGUCCAUUGAAGACUUUUGUUUCCUGUCUGCUUGGCAUGGAUCUGUUUUUUCCAUAUCAAUUUGCAGAGAAGGCUAAAUAAGGGGUGGGGAACCUGUGGUCUUGAGGCCACAUGUGGCCUUGAGACCACAGGCUCCCCACCCCUGGGCUAAAUCUAGGCAUUAUUUUUGCUUCUUGAGCCUUAAAUAUGCUUGUAGGACUCUGGAAGCUGUGACAGAGAAGGGUCCUUGGAUUUGGGUUUUUUUUUAGGAUUCCUGCCCCCCAAGCACAUUUUAUCUGAGCCCAUUUAAUCAGCCUAUCUGGUUCUAAGUUGCCACUUCAUUUCACUGCCAAGAUAGAUGUAUAGUGUCAGAAGGGAUGUAUAUGUGUAGAAAGGAAAAGAAAUAUCAGGAUUUUGGGGAAAAGGCAAUAAAAUCAAGUUUUUUUUCAAAGUUGUUCAUAGUUUUUGCCUUCGAGAAUUUCUGAAGGAAGCAGAGUUCAGGUAGGAAACAGUCUGAGCUGGCCAGUUCAAUAACUCUAAAAGGCAUUUAUUUCUCCCACACCCCUACCCCCACACUCCCCAGCUCCAUUAACAUUUCAUGAGUAAGGAGAGAGAAAAGCAGCAAUAAUUAGACAAUUAAGACUGUUAGGGCCAAAGGGACCAGCGUUGGUGGGAUGUCAUGGAACAGCCACUGUUUCACCCACUCCCCUUGGGUUUUCCUAUCCUUGCAACAACCUUUGACGGUUUUUCCCCCUCCGUUUUUACAAAACCUCCUUUUUCACCUUUGAUCUUCCCCCAUACGCCACUUGACUUUCCCAUUCCAUCAUUUUUCUCCUGGUCCCCUUUUCACUCAGCAUGCGUAAAGAAAAGAUCCUUAAAUUAAACAAGGUGGAAAUAUACAUACCUGCUUGGCGAGAACUGGAGAUGAAAGGGUUGCAGCCAGGUCUCAAACUGAUUUUUGAGUUAUUAUGGAAGGGCAAAGAUCUCUGAAUUUCCUUCAGGGAAAUAUCAAAUGAAUCUAAUUAUGGAGAUUCCAUAGCUGUCUUUGAAAAUUAUUCCUAUACUACAUUAGGCUUAUACAAUUACUUUAUCUUAAUUUUGUCUUUUUUUUCCUUCCACUUCUCUGCUCUCAUAUUUUAAAAUAAAAACACAUUUGGUUGACAUUUAAAAGCUUACAAAUGAGUUGGGGGGUGGGCAGUGACCUGGCACCAAUCCAGUUCCAUUUUUUCCUGCCUCGGUCUCCAAAUGUUUGGAAUGCUGCCUUCAAGAAGAUGAGAACUAAACAAAAGCGUUCUCAUCAACUGCCAAUAAAUCAUAUUCAGCAUAGAAAGUAUUUGGGGGUGAAGGGUACAGAAAGGAGAAAAAGUUGUUAAAUACCCAAAAGCACUUACUUGUGUGUAGUUAAUAUGCUUCACUGUGAUCAUUACUUAGGUUAUGUACAUUUUGUCAUUUUUUUGUGUAAAUUAUCCUUCAUAUUAUUGAUUUAUUGGAAAUGGUUUUUAGAUUUUUUUGGAUUUGUUUUUUAAUUACAAGGUCUGGGACCAAUAAUAUUCUCAAUCCCAAGUAAGUUAUUACCCUUAAAUUGUAUGAAAAUGUGGAAGGAAUAUAUCUAGAUGUUAUCUCUUAAAACUACCAAAAACAUAUUUGCUAUCGGCAUUUUAUCUUGCCUUUCACUCCUUUGCUCCUUCUGUUGCCCCUUUGUCGGCUUCAUAUGUAGAGCACUGCUUCCCUGACAACAUAAGAGCUGUACAUGUUGCUUUCUUAGCCCUUGUUCCUAAUUGUGGUUUGCACAGUUCAGUUUGGCUUUCACUAGCUCCCCCCACACUCCAAUCUUUCAGUCUUUUGCAUUUUUCUUCUACUUGGGUAUCCAUAAUUGGAACUUUUCUCCCCAUGAAGAGAAUUACUUUCAUCAAAUUCAGUGUUUUUUCCCUUGCAAAUUUUAAUAUGAUCUUUGCCAUUACUGAUUCAGGUCAAAUCCCAUUACAAUCCAUUUCAUCGUAAGAACAAUUGUAAUGGCACUUUCCCUAUCUCAGGACAACACAUUUUUAUUUUGAAUAGUUAAAUGCAAUAUAUCCUUUUGCUCUUCAACCUUUGUCUAUAUUCGUUCCUUGGUAAAGCAGAAAAAAGGGUGAACAUUCGAUAGUUUGGCAGGCUCAAGCAGUUAACUUUUAACUCCUCACAAAUGUCCUUACUUCUGACUCAGCUUUUGGGAGGCCAAAAGCGUUUUUAAAGGGUCUGGAACAUUUUAGAUUUGCUUGCUAAGUGUCCUCUUAAAGUGUUUCAACUUAUCCAACCGGGCCUUUACUGGAAUUCACUUUCAAGCUUCCUGGGAAAUGUUUCUCAAAGUGUGGCCCAUGGAAUGCUAUAAGGAUAGAGGCUAGCCUGGUGCUUUCAUUUUCAUGGAAAAUCCCUGGGGGAAAAAAUUCCCCUCUACCAGUGCAGCUCAGCACCUUCUCUUCAACUCAGACUAGAGAGCUGUCUAAAGCAGGCAGAGGUUUACUGACUUGCCCAGGGAUCACACGGCCAUUAUGGACCUAGGCCCUCCUGGUGGGCCUGCCUCCAGUCCAGUCAUUUACUUAGUUACUUGCUGAUAUCAUUAAUACCAAUGCUCUAAUAUCGUAGGUCUGAGAACUUAAGGAAGUGGGAGGGCUGGGGGAAGAGCCACUUUGCUGCUCUUAGAUACGAGUUUCUUAAGUUGAUGGUAAAGACAUCAUUUCUAGCAGUAAUCCUUAAAGGCAAUUCCAGCAGAAUAAAAAUUACUGACAUGCCCUUACUCCAAGAGUUGAUUCUAAGUUUCAUUUGCAUAGCAUAUUCUCAUGUGUUUACCACCUUGCACAAAUACCUCAACACCUACAAUUACCUUUGCCAAGCAUUUGACGGCUUUGCUCACAUCUGAAUAGUUUUCAUUAUUAACAAAUAAGACUGUUAGUAGUGUUUAGCUAAAACCCACAUGUUGACUUCUCUUUUCAAUCGUUUUCACGAUUCUCUAAUUGAGAGAACAUUAGGCACGUAUUUUUAAAAUUUGCCUGCCUUUAUAUUCUGUAAUUCAUUCUGCCAACAGCAUCAUCUAAUGUGUUUCCAGGCUAGUCACAUUCCAGAUUAUUGAAGGACUAAAUGAGUAAUAAGCCUACCUCAUUAAGCAGUUGGGCAGCUAGGUAGCACAGUGGACGGAGCAUGGGCCUUGGAAUAGGAAGACUCGUUCAAAUUCAGCCUCAGACGCUUACUAGCUGUGUGACUCUGGGCAAGUCACUUAACCCUGUUUGCCUCAGUUUCU